CGAUCUAACGAAAACAAAGUCAAGUAUUGCUUGCCAAUAGUUGUGAAAUUGUUGAAUACUUUCCAAAAAGUGCUCUAUAACGAAUAUUCUAUUGAUUUACGCAAGCAAAUCUGCAAAUCUUGUUGGAUUACCCUUAACAUUAUCAAGUGUUGGCAAUUCUUCAGCGGAAACGCGGAUGAGAAACGAAAUUGACGUUCCAACGCCAAAGGGAAUGGCCGCAUAAAAAAGAAAAAACUGAAAAAAUAAUAGAAAACAACGACUAACAGCAAUCAACAAUGUGGAAAUGAUAAUUGCAAUUGCCUGCACAAGCAAACAAAGAAGAAAGAAGCAAGUGAAGAAAGUUGAGGAGCGACGAGGGGCAGAAACGAAAGCCAAAAGAAAAAGAAAAUACCCACGAACGGGAAUGGCAAAUGCAUAGAAAGAAGUUUGCGAAAAACAAAGAUAAAUUAAACAGAAACAUAAACAAAAAAGACGAAAAGCAAUUAUAGCUCUUGAUACAAACGCGAUGGUGUUUUACAAUAUGUAAAUAUAAUUAGCCGACCGGAGUUUUCAUUCCAGGAAUUUCGCCAGCCAACAAAAGAAACAAAUACUACGACUGCUACAAAAAAUAAAAAACACGCCUUGACUUGAGAGCCGGUUUUAUAAUUACUCCAAGUUUUAAACCUCCCCUCCCCAACCAAUCUCCCCGCUACUCCCAGAGAGAAUUCCAACCCCGAUACCAUUUCAAAUCCAAUUCGAACCACGGGUAUUGGUAUCACAAUUCCCCGUUCAAGUGACAAUACCAAUUUAACUACCAUUCAUCGCAACAACCGCAAAAACAGUGAGUGAGUGUGAGUGAGUGGCAGUUGCAGUUGCAAGUGCGAUUGCCACUGCGACAAUGGCAGUGUCCUGCCCCGAAGUUAUGUACGGUGCCUACUAUCCAUAUCUGUACGGGCGCGCUGGACCAAGUCGAUCGUUCUACCAGUAUGAGAGGUUCAACCAGGAUUUGUACUCGUCCUCGGGCGUCAACUUGGCCGCCUCAUCGAGUGCCUCCGGCAGCUCCCACUCGCCCUGCAGCCCGAUCCUACCGCCCUCGGUGAGCGCGAAUGCCGCUGCGGCGGUGGCAGCAGCGGCGCACAACAGUGCGGCGGCGGCAGUGGCAGUUGCAGCGAAUCAGGCCAGCUCCUCCGGCGGAAUCGGAGGCGGUGGACUGGCCGGACUGGGGGGCCUGGCCGGCGGACCGGCGAGCGGACUGCUCGGCAGCAAUGUUGUGCCCGGCAGCAGUAGUGUGGGCAGCGUCGGCCUGGGAAUGAGUCCUGUGCUGAGUGGAGCGGCAGGACACUCGCUGCACAGUUCGCACAGGACGCACGCCCACUCACACGCCCACUCCCUCGCCCACGCACACACGCACCCGCAUUCGCACACACACACGCAUACGCAUCAAACCAAAGAAGAGGAUCUCAUCGUGCCGCGCAGCGAAGCUGAAGCACGCCUGGUGGGCUCCCAACAACAUCAGCAUCAUAAUGAAUCAUCCUGCUCCUCCGGUCCGGACUCCCCGCGCCACGCCCACUCUCACAGCCAUCCGCUGCAUGGGGGCGGUGGUGCGACGGGCGGUCCAUCUUCAGCGGGCGGAACGGGUUCGGGGGGCGGGGGCGAUGGCGGCGGAACGGGGGCAAUACCCAAGAAUCUGCCAACCCUGGAGGCACCCAUGGGCAGUGGAGGAGGAGGAGGUGCUGGACUGGGCAGCAGUGGCCAGGGACAAGCUCAGUAUCUAUCGGCCUCCUGCGUUGUGUUCACCAACUAUUCAGGCGACACGGCCAGCCAGGUGGACGAGCACUUCUCCCGCGCCCUCAACUAUAACAACAAGGAUGCUAAAGAGAGCAGCAGCCCGAUGUCGAAUCGCAAUUUCCCACCGUCGUUCUGGAACAGCAAUUACGUGCACCCCAUACCCGCGCCCACACACCACCAGGUUAGCGACUUGUAUGGCACGGCGACGGACACCGGCUACGCCACCGAUCCGUGGGUCCCCCAUGCGGCCCACUAUGGUUCCUAUGCCCACGCAGCCCACGCCCAUGCCGCCCACGCCCACGCCUACCACCACAACAUGGCCCAGUACGGCAGUCUUCUGAGGCUGCCCCAGCAGUACGCCAGCCACGGAUCCAGGCUGCACCACGACCAGCCGACGGCCCACGCCCUGGAGUACUCCAGCUAUCCCACAAUGGCAGGUCUGGAAGCGCAGGUGGCGCAAGUACAGGAAUCGUCGAAGGAUCUUUACUGGUUCUAAACAUCACAUGGCGAUGGAGGACCAAGAGAACCUUCAGCGAAUGUAUAAACUUUGUCUUGGAAGAUCUAAGGAAAGCCCGGAUCGUUUCUCUCGGCAGCCUCGUAUACAAUGCUUGACUUUGGGUCGGGCUUUUUGAAACCGCUUCUUAAGCAAAACUGCAGUCUGUGUUUCUGUGUGAGCAAAACAAUAACAAACGCAAAGGAUUUUGAAAUUUAAUUUAAUUUUACCAUAAUGUUUAACGUUUAAAUAUAAUUCUUAAGCUUAAAACACCUUGUAAACAAAAACAAAAUAAUAUCGCGCAUUCGAGACCAUUUUUUUCGGCGUAAUUUGAUUUUGUAAGUUUAGCAUCCCAUAUCAGCAAUUUAGACACAUACAAUAAUGAAUAUAUACACUAUAUAUAUAAAUAUACACUUAAUUAUAUAUUGGUAUUCGUAAUCAGCGUUGGUAACGUUUAAUAAUCGAUAUUUCUUGUAUAGUUAACGCAAACUUUGACAAACACUUAAAGCAACAACAAAGUUAGAAUUUAUUUUGUUUAAACUUCGAUUUUUGCAAAUUUCAACAAACUAGGAUAACGAAAAUCAAAUUGAAAAAAGGCAAAGCAGAAAAUCCAACAAAAAAAGUAAAUAAAAU